AUGAUGACCGGCAACGCAUCAAAUUCCCAAGCUUCUCAGGUUCAACCGGACGUGCGCAGGCGAUGGCUGAAGGUGGGCGAGCAGGAGCAGCAGCUGCGCGCGCUGCUGGCCAGCAAGAGCCCUCGGAACGCGACGGUGCAGCAGCUGCGGGCGGUGAUCCGCGACUCGUAUGAGGCGCUGCUCUUUCUCGACUUCCGUUUCGCCGUCGAUCACGACGUGCUCUACCUGCUAUGGCGCCUGCACUACAGCCGCAUCGAGGAGUUCCGCGCGCAGAUCCGCCGCAUCCGUUCCGCGCCGGCCACGUCCAAGGCGGGUUCCGCGCAAGAUCGCCAGCCCGCGUCCGUCUCGAUCCUCUCCCGCGGGUCCCCCGCCACACGUCGUGCGCAAGCGCGUCCGCAAGGCGCGUCCGACGGGACGGGCGACCGCGCGGAAGCGUCGACGGCGGCGAGCGCGGUGGCGGUGUACCGCGGGUUUCUGUCGGAGGCGGCGGGGUUCUUCCACGAACUCGUCGGCAAGCUCAAGGCGCGCCGCGCCCUGCUGUGCGACCGCGGCGUCGCAGACUCGCAGUCGCAGCAGGGCAGGGCGGGCGACGGCGACAAGUGGCGCGCGGCGUGCCAGCAGUGCCUCGUGUACCUGGGCGACCUCGCGCGCUACCGGGAACUCGUCGUCGAUGGUGACAUGGCGACCCGUGAUUGGUCGGUGGCUGCUGGCUACUACAUGCAAGCGGCGUUCAUGCUGCCGUCCACUGGCAACCCGCACAACCAGCUGGCAGUGCUGGCGACGUAUGGGGGCAGCGAGGUGGCGGCGCUGUACCGCUACUACCGCUGCAUCGCCUGCAAGCAGCCCUUCGCCACCGGCCGCGCCAACCUGCUCGUCCUCUUCGACCAGAACGUCAAUCGCUGCAAUCGCCUGGGUGCGACGGGGCGUCAAGCAGCACAAGGGGUGGCGCAAGAGGCAGCAGGGCAGACGCAAGGAGUGCAAGGAGCGCCCGCUGAGGCACUGGCGGUGACGUGGAAGAAUCUGUGCACGCGAUUUGUGCGCCUCAACGGCAUCCUCUUCACACACGCCAGCCUCGAGUCCUUCGGCGCCGUGUAUCUGGCGGCCAUGAACGACUUGGAGCGCCUGCUCGCCGCACCGCCACACGCCCUGCAACCCGUGCUGGCCGCGGGGUCCUCCGCGUGUCCCACAGUCCCUGCCGCGAGUGCGGAGGCGACAGUGGUGGUGCAGAUGGUGGCGUGCGUCGUGUGCACCGUGCACGCCAUGCUCGCCCCGCACCACGCCUUCCCCUUCGCCCCCCGCACCGCCAGCGACACCCAUGACACGCGCAGCACAGGCACGCCCCCCAGCGCGCAGCUGCAGCAGCAGGCGGACCGCCUGCGCCACGCCGUCACGCUCGCCUUUGAGUUCGUCGGCCGCCUGCUCUCGCGCUGCGCCGCCUCGCCCGCGCCCUUGGCCUCGCCACUCUUCCCCGCCGCCACCGUCUUCCUGCGGUGGCUCGCCGCCCACCCCCACCUCGCCACGCGCACCAACGAUGAGGCGACAGGGCCGGGGGGUCACGCGGGCGAGGGCGCGGGCGGGGGGGGCGAGGACAGGGAGAGCGCGGCGCGCAUGUUCAUGUGGGGGCAGGCCGUGGUGGUGCUCAACCGCCUGCUGCACGCGCACACCCACCUGCUGCCACCGCUGCUGGCGGAGCACCAGGGGGGCGUGCAGGGCCCGGCGGGCGGGCAUGGCGAGAGCAGCAGCGAGGCAGCGGGGCUGUGGGAGGAUGUGGAGCUGAGAGGCUUUGAGCCGCUGCCGCAUGUGUGCAGUGAGGGGCCUAAUGAGGCGCAGAGGGACGGGCACCUGGAUGUGGACGGCUGGCAGGGCGGCAAGGGGGGCGCGGAGGGGCAGGAGGCAGCGUGGGCGCGGGGCAGGAGGGCUGUGUGCGCUGCUUUGUCGCUGUCUGGGUGGGUGCAAGGCGGUGCUGGUGGGGCAGCAUGGGCGGCAGGGGACGGCAGCAGCAGCGUGUUGCAUUUCAGCAGGCGGCAUGGGAGGUUCUUCAUUGCGUCCCUCGUGGCGGAUCAGCUGCCCUCGCCGCCUGCUGCCACAGCACCACAUCCCGCACACGUGGCACAUGGCAACGGCGUGGGUGGUGCAGACAAGGCGGCAGCAUGGUCACAAGCCACUGCCUCCUCUGCUCCUUCCGCCGCUCCUGCUCGCCCUGCACCCUCGACCAACCACCACCUGCCUGCUGCGCCCGUGCCUUGGGGUGCUGCAAGCAUGGGAAGCGCGGGGCAGGGGCUUGGGGGGGGGAUGGCAGGGGUGGAGGCAGGGGGCGAGGGGCAGGGCGAGGAGGACGGGGAGGGGGAUGGCGAGGAUGUGCCGCUGUGGGCGGUGGAGGAGCUGAUAGGCAUGGACAGCUCAGCGGAGCAGAGCGAGCAGCACAUGCGCGAGCUCAGUGCACACACCCUCGCCGCUCACUCCGAGCGCCACAACGGGGUGCUGGCUGGCGUUGCUGCUAAUGGUGGCGUGGAGGAGCAGGAGGAGGAGGAGGAGAUGAUUGUGUUUCAGCCCUGGGCCUCCGGUGCUGCUGCUGCUGUUGCGCCGCACGCCGCUGCUCCCAGGGCAACUGAAUCGGCCGGGAAAUUGGCGCCAGGGGUGCAGGCAACAGGGGGUGGGGGCAGGGCAGUGGCGCUGCUGCAACCGCAUGUCCCCUCCCUGCCCCCUUCCUCCUCACCCUCCCCGCGCUCCUCCUCUCCUGCCAUGCACACUGCACCCUCGCCCACCCUGCACCCUGCUUCGCCUGCCACCGCUGCUGCCGCGGACGGCAGUCUGCGGCGCGUGCCGUCGGGAGCAGGAGUGAUCGGGCAGGACCGCCACCGCCUGGUGCACACCCAUGCCCACGCCCAUGCUGCUGACCUGCCUGGGCUGUGGGGUGCUGCACCUCUCCAUGCUGCUGCCACCGCCCCACCUGGCCCUGCUCCUUCUGCUGCCACCACUGCUCCUGCUGGUGGUUCUGCUGCCCUGUCGGCUCUGCUGGGCGCAGGGCUGAGUGAGCAUGAGCUGAGUGCGCUGCUGGCCAAGGCGCACCAACUCACCCUGCACCCACACGCACCGCCAUCAGCAGUGCGAGGCAGCGAGUACCCGAGUGGGUUUCCGCAAGUGAGUGGGGUGGGAGCAUCGUGGCCCACAUCCCUCACCCACGCCCCUCCAAGCGCAGCUGCAGCGCCCAACUCCUUCUUCGCCGGCCCCUCUGCUGCACCUCCUGCUGCCGGGCAGCUGCCUUUCCCUCACCUGCAUGCGCAGCAGCAGCCGGGCUACGGGGGGCAGCAGUAUGGGGGCGGGGUGCAGAGGGGCAUGGGUGCAGUGGAUCAGGUGAUGGCCUCCUCCGCCUUCUCUGCGCCCUCACCACCACCACCACCAGCAGGCAGCAGUGCACACACAGGCGCUGCUCCCCCGCCCAUGCCAGCCAUGCACGCUGCUGCUGCCGCCACUAUGUCUGUGUCGCAGGCAGCAGCAGCGCAGGCCUCUCUGCAGCCCCCGCAGGCAGCAGCGGCGCCCAACUCGUGGCACUGGAUUCAGCACGCACACCACCCCUGGGGCCCCUGA